UAUGCUGCUGCGCGGCGGGAAUAGCAACCUGAAAUCGUACUGGGCGGAAUUGGCGUAAAGAACAAACUUUGAUGUUGCGGAACAUGAGACUGAAGGGUAUGGUAAACAUGUAUAUACAACUUUAACAUACAUCUAUAAAUAUUGUAGUUAAACAGGCAUAUCUACAGUAACAUCCUUAAAAGGGUUAUAAAGUGAAACUGGAAGCUAUACAGGUUUGUUAUGGCAACGUUCGUUCUUUUCUGACGUUUAGGGACUACAACACCCAUAAUUCCCCACAAAAACCCAACACUCUGCAACAACUAUCGCGAUAACUUUCUUGAAUUUAUAGGCGGGAGUCAAACGUCAACAGUAGCUGUAAAAAAUGUCUUUUUGCAGUGUGAUGUUGUAAUUACUUAUAUCGUUAAUAAGAAUUAACUAAUAUCCGGAAACGGUAAAUUGUUAAUUUGCAUAUUGAUCCAUUUACGUAGCAGAGGACGUACGCAGCUAGCUGUCUGAAACCGUGCUAAAACGUCUGCAAUGGAUACCAUGGACGAAGACGUAUCUGCCCGCGUCCUCCUGAAAGGUGUCCUUCACACGGAGCUCCCGAAGACACCGAUCACCCGUAGCCUAUCCAGAUCGCUGCAGCAGGCGUCUGUGGUCACACGGAGUAGUAGGACACGCCAGAGCAUCUCUGGGAUGCUGUCACCUCAGGUGGCCCUGCGGAAGAAGAUGAAGGACCGGCUGCGUGAGAGUGUCACCAGGCCACCUGCCCAGCAGAAAAAAGCCGCCACCUUAUACAGGAAGGGUGUCUCGUCAGCCCCAGCAUCUCCUUUAUCCCUAAAUGAUGAUGUCACCCCUCGAGGUUUGCUGCGGGGAAUUUUACGCACAGAAACAGAAUCGUCCCUUUUGGUCCCAGACCCGCCCGUGAGGCCGGUUGUCGGUCCCGCUGAGUCUAGCCUAUACAGUAACCGGCCCAGUACAGGGACGUCGGACCUGGACCUUCCAGAUCUUUCCACUGCGAACUUCUCAAUGGCUGUGAGGGGCAUUAGCAGAAAGCGGCCCCAAAGGAACAUUGACCUGUCCAUGUUCGAGAGGGGGCUUGAUCAGGGAGUCGAUGGAAUUGAGGGGCCGAAGUCUGAUGAGCCGGAUGAUCACUCCUCGUCUCACGGAUCAGAUGCCUCCAGUGUGCUCUCCCUGAAGACCCCACAUGCAGACCCCCAGACAGAGAGGAGGGGGCUAAGGAGAGGUGUCAAACGCAGGGCGGUGGACGUGGACGACUUUGAGCAGGGCGUUCAAAAUCGCCUCGCUCGUAAGCAGAACCCAGAUCUGGAGCACAGUUUGGCCAGUGCCCCAGGGAUGCUGAGUGAGACUAGGGGGCUGGAGAAGUUCACGCUUGGCAUCACUGACCUGUCUGUGUCGGACACAGAGAUCAUCAUGAGCAGCACGGCGCUGUACCCCCACCCUGUCUCUAUGCCGACGGGGGAUGCUUGCCCAGUGGCUGACAAGGACACCGUCACCGCCAUGCAGAUCCAGAGAGAUGUGGAGAGAGGUGCUGGGCCACCGAGGGAGGGAGAGCAGGGAGAAAAUCAUGGCUCCCUGCGGAUUAUGGACGGAGAGGCGGAGGAGGAACCCAGGGACGACAGGGCUGGAGAGGAAGAUGAUAGGGGAGUCCAUGGCUGUGAGGGUGACACGGAGGGGGAAGGCCUGAUGAGCGAGGGGGAAGGCCUGAUGAGCGAGGGGGAAGGCCUGAUGAGCGAGGGGGAAGGCCUGAUGAGCGAGGGGGAAGGCCUGAUGAGCGAGGGGGAAGGCCUGAUGAGCGAGGGGGAAGGCCUGAUGAGCGAGGGGGAAGGCCGGAUGAGCGAGGGGGAAGGCCGGAUGAGCGAGGGGGAAGGCCGGAUGAGCGAGGGGGAAGGCCGGAUGAGCGAGGGGGAAGGCCGGAUGAGCGAGGGGGAAGGCCGGAUGAGCGAGGGGGGCCUGGGAGGGAAGGCCGGAGUUAAUGUCGACGGUGCAGAGGUCAGGAAGGAGGGAGCACUGCAAGAAGGAGGCGAGGAUGGGGUGGCUGAGAGGGUGAGGCUAGACGGAUCUCGCAGGGAGACAUGGGGCUCUGAUAAGGGAGAGCCAGAUGAGGAGGCAACACAGGAUGGGAAGAUGGCCGAAUCUGAGGGGGAAGAGGCCGCCUGUUUGGAUACCAGCCAAAGAGAUGACGAGCAGCAGGCGGUGGGGCCGGAGCAUGUGGCACGCCAGAGAGCAUACCACUCGGAGGGCGGGGCCAAGCUCCUGGAAGCAGCAGUGUUGGGGCGGGGCUUCAGGAGCCUUGGCGCCUCCGUGAGGCAGGCAGAUACAGAGUCUGAUGGCACUGUGGAGACAGUGGGGGCCAGUGCGGGCUGGCACAGCGGGCCAGAGGAGUCAAGCAGGAGCCAGACAUCUGAGGGCUCACCCCCGUCCCACUCCCCACAUGCGGAGGAGCCUCACAGCCGGAGGGCCUCGUGGAAGCAGGAACAGUCUAUGGCUGGGACAGCAGCUGUAACCCCGGGGAGCUACAAGGUCCAGGACAAGGAGAACCUGAGUCUCAGUGUACAGUUGGAGUCUCCAGAGGCUGAAAUGCGCCCCCCCUCCCCUGCACUGAGUGAGCACAGCACUGAUGUAGGUCUAGGAGAUGAGGACAGGGAGAACGAGCGGCAGAGCAUGGAGGAGAGUGAAGAUGAUGGCUCCCAGAGUGAAGAGCUAUCGAUGAAGACGCCAGCCUUCGUCCGCCAGAAGAAGAUGAUCCAAACGGCAGGGCCUGCUGCCACACCUGGCUUCCUCAAACUGGUGAAGAAUGCACAGAAGACUUCUCAGGCCCCCGCUGCCAAACCCAAGAGGAAGCGCCAGGCUGCAGCCACCAAGAAGGAGAUGGGCUUGCCGAAGAGCUACCUGAUGUCGGUCUUCAAGCAUUUCGCCAAGACUCGCGUGUCCUCAGACGUCUACCCGGUGCUGAAGGAAGUCAUGGACAAGUUUUUCGAUCGGCUGUCUGAGGACCUGGAGGUUUACGCCAGGCACGCCAAGAGGAAGACCAUUGAGCUGGAGGACGUUGAGCUGCUUCUGAGGAGACAAGGGUUCGUGACAGACAGCAUGCCGUUAAACGUGCUCAUUGAGAGGUACCUCCCACGAGAGUACAGGAAGCUGCUGAUCCCCGUGGCAACGAGCGGGAACAAGGUCGUGCCCAAGCCGAGGAGGUGAAACGGCAUGGUUGCGCUGGUCUUGAUCCCGAUCCUCCUUCCUCGCAUUCCACUUCACAGCUCUUCUGUUCCUGAGCGCCACCUGGCUGUCCCCCAGUGAAAAGGCAUCAGACUGGUUCAGUGAUGUACUAAGCAUAGUAGUUCUAAAGGACAGCCACUCGCAUGUGAGCUCUUCACACAGAUGGAAUUUAACAAUAGUGGAUUGGGGAGCGAUGGCUGCCCUUAAGGUCCUCUUCCUGAAGAUAUAUUAUAUAUUACCCAAGUAAAAAUGCAGCAUUUUGGGUUAAUAAUGCCAUUAUGUAUUC